CGCACUCGACGGAUUCAACGUCAAACGUCACGCUUCCAAACUCAUUAAGUGACGAAUAUUUCGUUGAUCCAAUCUUCACAUCAUCGAAAGCUUUAUUCAUAACAAUGACAUUAAUAAGCGAAAAUAAAUAUAUAGAUUUGAGAAAAAUGGCAAGUGAAAAAUUAGAGGAGAAGGAAAUGAAAUAAAAAGCGAGAUGGAGAGAGAGCACGGUAUCUCGUGAAGGCACCGACUUCCGAGAAAGAAAAAGAUAACGAGAGAUAUUGCGACGAUACGUCGCAGAAUGGGAUGCGAGGUUUCUGAGGUGGUUGGACGACAAUCGCGUGACACGAGCAUGAAAGAGAGAGGCUAAAUAUCGAGGAAAAAUAAGAGAAAGAGAGAAAGAGAGAGAGAGAGAGAGCGCAGAACAAAGAACGUUACGUCAAGAGAAGAGGAGGGCGACAGCGGCGCGCGAGGGUAUAUACGAUCAGCUGAUGAGGCACAACACAACACAAGAAGGCAGUCGGUCGACGAGGUGGAAGGCCAAUUGUUUUCUCGUUGCUGCUGUCGUUGUUGGUUAUGGCGACGAGUAGCUCUGACGGCUCGUGCACGGCCCCCGCGGACUUUCAGCUCUCGUCCGAGCUGGAGGACGCGUCCAGCCGUCUGAGCAUGAAUCUACUCAAGUGCCCGUUGUGCCAUAACAGCCGCCGGAUUUUUUAUUGCCGCCAGUGCGUCCAGAACGGCGAUUUUAUACACUCGAACACCGUCUACUCGGAACGGUUCGCAGAUAAGCAAAUGCGACUCGUGCGACUGAAAGCUGCUAGAGCUCAAUUGGAGGAAAAGUGCAUGAAGGCUCUUGAGAGGCAUAAACAAAGAGAUAAGCUGAUUUGUGAUAUAAACGUAUGUAAAGAAAGAGUGAGACUACUUCAGUCUCUGGUAAAUGAGACAAGGCAGAGCAUCAAUAAAGGUAAUCAACGUUUGAACAUUCUGAAAGAUGUCAAUUCUCAGUUGACUCUACGAGUGCCAAGGCAUGAGGACAGAAUAGAAAAACUACAUCGCUAUGUUAAUGGUUUGAAAGUUAAACAGGAAAAACAGAAAGAAGCUGUGGACAGAAAAAGGGAGCAACUAAAGAAAGUUAUCAGAACUGCUGCCAAGCAAUUAAUUCAAUACAUUUUCCCAUUAUCUAAAGUCCAACCAAAUAAAAGUUUGUGCAGCAGCGAAGAUAGUGACAGUACCACUUCAGACAUUGUUACUAGUGCAUUAGCAGAUGCAUCAGGUACAUCAUACGUACGCGGUAGAUGGAUAAGUGAGAAAGAGAAUUCUUUAGAAAUCCAUCAUUGUAUAGUUGAACCAACGUUGCCAGCAACGGGAGAUUAUAGUGCUUAUUCUCUUUGGGUUGCAGCAAAUAAAGAUGGUGUGCCAGGUGGAAAUAAAGAAAAUGCGAUGCACAAUCCAGCAUAUAAUAUUAGUGCUGCUUUAACUUAUGCUACACAAUUGGUUAAUGUUCUUGCCUAUUAUGUUAAUGUAAAAUUACCGUACAAAGUUACUUGUGGAGAGUUUUGUGGAAAUGAAUUGUCGGACCAAAAAUUUGCUAGAAAAGUAGCAAGGCUAAAUAGUAAUGUAUUACAUUUAUGUUUUACACAAAACACUGAUAUAGAAGUUUUACAUCCCAUGCAUACAUUGCAAAACUUGAUGCAUUUGCUCAAUACCGAAAUUAGUGAUCUGGGAAGAGUUGGACCAAUGGAAGUUGAUCCAUCCAUAAUAGCACAACUUCAUAGUCAAUUAAUUCCUGAUUUGGAGAAUAGUGAUGACUCAGCUUCUGAUGAAGAAGAUUUAUGUUGGGGAUGGGAAGCUGUAAGUCAUACUUCUGUACCAAGUAUCGCUUGUCCCGAAAUGGCAGUACCUACUUCUGGUGCAAUGGUUAAUCAGCAAGCUGCUAGUAUGCAAGUGCAUCAGAGUGUUGCUGGUGGCUUGGUAACAAGUGCAGCAGCUAGUAUCGCCUCGAUUUGGCGAGGUUGGACUAAUAAAUAAUUUUUAUCUUUCAAUCAGUACAUAUAUAUAAGCUUUUUUCUGUAUAUACAUUCACAUUAUAUUUUGAAUUUUUUAAAUCAAAGAGAGAACAGAAAUUCUAGGGAAAUACUUCAAAACAUGAUGACGAUAUUUAUAUAAUAUUUAUAUGUCAUGAGAGGAGGCAGAUAUAAUGCAAAAGCAGGAUGUAAAUAUUAUACAUGACUUUUCCUGACUUACAUGUGACAUUUAAAGUAGUUCAAAUAUAUGCUGUGACAGAUUUUGUUAGAUCUGAGAUAUCUAACUUAAUUCAAAACUAAAGUAAAUAGAAGAGGAUUAGUAAAUAUAUAUACGACUGUUUAAUAUAUAAAUUUAUGGACAUUUUAUAUAUUUCAAUGCACCACAAAUAUAAUAGUUUAGAUUGUGAUAUAUUAAAGUGGAUGUUUAUGGUCUAUACAAAACAGGAUGCAUAUUAAUUAGCACAAAUAUGUACUCUUAUAGAAUUUGUUAUGAUAGAAUAUAUGAGAGUGUGCAAUGACUGCCUUUUCUAUGCUCACCGCAUUUGAUGUGAUUAUAUAUUCAUACAAAAGAGAUAUACUUCCCUAUAAUGCUUAAAAAUAUGUUAUUAAUAUAUUUUUUAUAUUUCGGAUGACCCGUUUUUAAUGUAGCCGAUAUUGAAAUCUAUAAUAAAUAAUCCGAGCAUCUAUGAGAUUGUCUCCAGUAUUUUGCAAUCUUUGGCAGCAGAGAAUUUUAAUUGCAAUAACAUAUUUGUUACUAAAUAAUACGAAAUAAAAAUUAAUGUAUUUAUUUGAUAUACAUCAAAUAUGAAUGCUGAAAUAUUUGGUUACUGUGGACAACACAUCCAUUAUAUUAUUUAUUAUGAGUGAUUAUUAU